UAAAAAUAAUCUCUUUUUCUCUCUGUCUGUGUACCAAAACAGAGAGAGGAGGCUAGUUGCGAAACGCGAGAGAAACCAAAAAAGAUUCGAACAAAACGCAAAAACCCUAAGAAGAGCUCACGGUAUUAUAAUCGCCGUCGAUUUCUCAAUCCCUCACCGGCGAUUCUCACGCCGGUGAAACGUGUACCAUUAUUAGCCUGUAAUAGAUAGAUAGAUAGAUAGAGAUUUGUUUAGGUAAUUUUUUUUUAGAAGAAUCAUGUAUAGAGAAAGAGGUACGGCGAAUUCGAGACCUGAGGUUGUGGAUCGUAAACGGAUCAACGACGCUCUCGAACGGCCUUCUCCGUCAACGUCUCGUCAAGUUAACGGCAAAGGCAAAGGAACCGUGACGGCGGCGACGGCGAGCUCCGUUUUGAUGGGGAAGAAGCAGCAGUCGAAUGAUAGCCAUAGUAGAGAUUCGCGUUCUGCUUCUCUCUCUAAGAACAAUAAUGUUUCUGACGAUGAAUCAGAUACAGAUAGUGAGGGAUCAGAUGUUAGUGGGUCUGAUGGAGAGGACACUUCAUGGAUAUCUUGGUUCUGUAAUCUACGAGGGAACGAGUUCUUUUGUGAAGUUGAUGAUGAUUACAUUCAAGAUGACUUCAACUUGUGUGGGCUCAGCAGUCUAGUUCCUUACUACGAGUACGCUCUUGAUUUGAUCUUGGAUGUUGAAUCUUCUCACGGUAAGUUUUCAUACGUGUUUCCUGUCGUUUUAGCUUUUUGUUGCGGUUUAGCUCUAGAGACAGAAUCUGCAUUUAGGAAUAGUAGUGAAACCAAUGUGGGUUUCGCUUUUACGAUUAUGUCUCUUGAAUUUUUGAUAUGGAUUGGGUCCGUAACAGGAGAGAUGUUUACAGAGGAACAGAAUGUUUUCAAUUUCUUAUAUUCCCAGAACUUUGAAUGUCCGUGCCGAUUGCCUUACAAAAAGAGCUAGAGCACGAGGUUCUUUUUUGUCCCAUGUAGACUUGAAUGUUCCGGAUUGGUUGGCUUUAGAAACCAACCUUUUCAAACUUGAGUAAUAAUAAUAUGGGGUUUUG